AUGCUCAGUAGCUGGGGAGGUUUGGGUGGAGAGUAGAAAGCUUCGGCUCUACCUCCCAUCUCCUCCCUCUGGCCCCCGCCCCCCUUGCCCCUGCUUCAGCGCGUAGUAGUUCCCCAGCGUGAGCCCGGGGAGACCGGGAACAUGGCGCUCGGAGCGAUGUAGCAGCCGAGGAGGAGAAAGAGAUGAGGCACCCCGGCUUCGCUGACAGCCAGGCACCAGGUUUUUGCAUCAUGUUUGGAAAGAAAAAGAAAAAGAUUGAAAUAUCUGGCCCAUCCAACUUUGAACACAGGGUUCAUACUGGGUUUGAUCCACAAGAACAGAAGUUUACCGGCCUUCCCCAGCAGUGGCACAGCCUGCUGGCAGAUACCGCAAACAGGCCGAAGCCCAUGGUAGACCCUUCGUGCAUCACGCCCAUCCAGCUGGCUCCCAUGAAGACAAUCGUUAGAGGAAACAAACCAGGCAAGGAAGCCUCCAUCAACGGCCUGCUGGAGGAUUUCGACAACAUCUCCGUGACUCGCUCCAACUCCCUGAGGAAAGAAAGCCCCCCCACCCCGGAUCAGGGGGCCGCCAGCCACGGUCCAGGCCAUUCGGAAGAAAAUGGCUUCAUCACCUUCUCACAGUAUUCCAGCGAAUCCGAUACUACUGCUGACUACGCGACAGAAAAGUACAGAGAGAAGAGUCCCUAUGGAGACGAUUUAGAUCCGUAUUAUAAAGGCAGCCACGCGGCCAAGCAAAAUGGGCACGUAAUGAAAAUGAAACCCGGGGAGGCCUACUAUUGUGAAAUGCAGCCUUUCACAUCCGAUAUUUCCCGAUUUCCUGUCGAUUUUCACGCCGCCUUGGACCCCCUGAGCAAACCAGGUGAAUACGCUGACCUCAAGUGGGAAUAUCAGAGAGCCUCGAGUAGCUCCCCUCUAGAUUACCGAGACCCGUUCCAACUCACGCCUUCUAGAACUGCAGGGACCAGCGGGUGCUCCAGAGAGAGCCUGGUGUUCAGCGAAAGCGAGUGGGGACCCAGCCCGGACGACUAUGACAGGAGGCCCAAGUCGUCGUACCUGAACCAGACGAGCCCUCAGCCGGCCAUGCGGCAGAGGUCCCGGUCCGGCUCGGGUCUUCAGGAGCCCACGAUGCCCUUCGGAGCCAGUGCGUUUAAGAGCCACCCCCAGGGACACUCGUACAGCUCUUACACCUACCCUCGCCUGUCCGAGCCCACCACGUGCAUUCCAAAGGUGGAAUAUGACCGAGCACAGAUGGUCUUCAGCCCUCCACUAUCAGGAUCUGACACCUACCCCAGGGGCCCCGCCAAACUACCUCAAAGUCAAAGCAAAGGGGGCUACUCCUCAAGCAGCCACCAGUACCCGUCCGGGUACCACAAAGCCACCCUGUACCACCAUCCCUCCCUGCAGGUCAGUUCACAGUACAUCUCCACCGCUUCCUACCUGAGCUCUCUCAGCAUCUCAUCCAGCACCUACCCCCCACCCAGCUGGGGCUCGUCCUCAGACCAGCCGCCCUCCAGGGUGUCCCACGAACAGUUCCGGGCUGCCCUACAGCUGGUGGUCAGCCCAGGAGACCCCAGGGAAUACUUGGACAGUUUUAUCAAAAUCGGGGAAGGGUCAACCGGCAUCGUGUGCAUCGCCACCGAGAAACACACAGGGAAGCAAGUUGCAGUGAAGAAAAUGGACCUCCGAAAGCAGCAGAGACGAGAACUGCUUUUUAAUGAGGUUGUAAUAAUGCGGGAUUACCACCAUGACAAUGUGGUUGACAUGUACAACAGCUAUCUUGUCGGCGAUGAACUCUGGGUGGUCAUGGAAUUUCUAGAAGGCGGUGCCUUGACAGACAUAGUUACUCAUACCAGAAUGAAUGAAGAACAGAUAGCGACCGUCUGUUUGUCAGUUCUGAAAGCCCUCUCCUACCUUCACAACCAAGGAGUGAUUCACAGGGACAUCAAGAGUGACUCCAUUCUCCUGACAAGUGAUGGCCGGAUAAAGUUAUCUGACUUUGGUUUCUGUGCUCAAGUUUCCAAAGAGGUGCCGAAGAGGAAGUCGUUGGUUGGCACCCCCUAUUGGAUGGCCCCGGAGGUGAUUUCUAGACUACCUUAUGGGACAGAGGUGGACAUCUGGUCACUGGGGAUCAUGGUGAUAGAAAUGAUUGAUGGUGAGCCCCCCUACUUCAAUGAGCCUCCCCUCCAGGCCAUGAGGAGGAUCCGGGACAGUUUACCUCCAAGAGUGAAGGACCUACACAAGGUGUCUUCAGUGCUGCGGGGAUUUCUCGACCUCACGUUGGUGAGGGAGCCUUCUCAAAGAGCCACGGCCCAGGAGCUCCUCGGCCACGCAUUCUUGAAACUGGCAGGGCCGCCAUCUUGCAUCGUUCCUCUCAUGAGGCAAUACCGGCAUCACUGAGCAGAAGAUUCAUGCAGGUGAAAAAGCUAGAUGAAGACCUGAGAAUAGUUCAGGAGAAGGGGAGGAAACCGUGGAGCAGUGCAAAAGGCCUGUGCAUUCUAGACGAGCUGACUGGUGGACCGUGUGAUGACCGGCAGGGUUGAAAGACCAGGGCAUCUUCUUGCGUCUUAAAUAGGCAUCUCUCCACCAGCAGCUGGUGUGAUCAUUUGGAGCACGGCUUUAAUAAAUCAUUAUUGCAUUUUUUCAGCCCUUCAUCCAGCAAAUCAGAAGGACUCAAUACCAACUCCGUUAUGAUACAUCCUAGCCACAUGCAGGGUAACGCGUAAUGUUUUAUAUUCUGAAAGAACAAUUUUCUGGCAAAAAAAAAAUAACAAAAAAAGAAAGGAAAACAAAAAGCACUUUUUUUCUUAACGGUAGCAGUGUAAUGUAUUUUGCAAUGAAUUUGUAAUUUUUCUGUACAAUAGUUUUGAUAAUUUAUAGUACUUUGAUGUCACGUAGCCAUUGUAUCAGUUGAAGUAAUAACUUGUUUCCUAGCAGGAGUUUGAACAAAGCCUUUCCUACUUUUUUAUCCCUUUCAGAGAGCCAACGAUUCUUUAGGAACUUUGAAUACUGAAUGAAUCUCAAUCACCGUCAGCUUUAGUAGAAUAUCUUUCUUAUUUUAACAAGUGUCUUAUAUGAUGGAAGAACCGAGAGUGAUGGUGAUGGUGGUGCACGUUUCGUUUACCUGACCAAAAAUAAUAAAAUGAAAUUUGAGCCACAGGUUACCACCAAGAUACUCCUUGGGAGAAAGUGAAGUAUUUUUUAAAAAAUCACAUUUUUCUUCAUGGCUACUAGGAGCAAACCAUUUGUUGCAUGGAAGGAUGCUUCUAGUGCCCUCCCUUUGGGCUAAAUUUCCCUCCCAAGGAGCUGUUUCAGAGCUAGGAUCAUUGGACUCAGUUCCCCAAAUUGAAUGUUUCAAUGAGGCCAUGAGAAUGACCGUCUCACAAAGGGAAAGGAGAAAGAAUGGGGCAAGAUGUUUGGUUUUGUUCGUCGCUGUUUUUAAAACUCUGUAUGCUAGCAUACCAAACUCUUGUUUGUAUUUACCUUUGUACCACAGUAUUAAUUGCUUUAUUGUUCUUGUAUCGUGCUGGAAGUCUGAACUGACUCUAGGGGAUGAAUUACCAAGGGGGUAUUUUACCACGUAUGAUCUGAUUUCUCAGUUGUGACCAUGUUAUAAUGUGUUCCCACAUAGGAGAGUUGUGCUGCUGUCUAGAACUUCUUGAAUGUUGAUAAAAACGAAUGACUACUACAAUACAUUUUGUGUUGCUUGUUGGAUGAAUUUGCAUGUUUACUGUAGGCCAAUAUAGAUUUGCCUUUAAAACUCUGGAAGAGCUACAUAGUCAUCAUUAGUUCUUAUUAAUUAUGCAUCAAACAAAAGCCAUUUGUUACCAAACUGAAAAACCAGAGGCUUUUCUUAAUGAGUUCAUAUAUUGUAACAAAUCGGAAUUUAAAUUUCUGGAAAUGCCCUGGUUUCUCUGAGCAUAAUUAAGAAAAAUUAAGAAUUUUGUAAUUAAUAGGUUGCUAGUUAUUUAUUAUAGUUGAAAAGGAAAAAAAUAGGCAUAAAAUGACCUUCUACUGAUUAGAUUUUCAGUUUUUUGCCAAACUGGAAAUGCCUCACCAUAAAUAGGGUCUGUAAUUUUGUUUCAUAAAACUCAGCAAAUCAAUGUUUUUAUGUAAAAUAUUAAAAUACUAAUAUAAAUAUGUAAGAAUUAAAAGCAAUCUAAAUCCAGAAAACGGCAGUCCUAGAGUUCAUGAAACAGAUUGCAUUAAUUAAAUCAGGACUAUGUAGAAGUAGAAAGAAAAGAAAAAGAAAAUCUUUUUUUAACCAGAACAAAUAUCAGUAAUAACUGUUGCAGAAAAUUGAGGAUUUUGGAUUCCAAACAUUUUUGACAUUGUAAUGGAAAUUUUUUCUGUAAUUUUCUUAUCACUGGGUAUUUUUUAAAGUAUUCAUUGAGUUUACCAAAAGUUACUCUGUAGCUUAAAAGGUUUUGUGAGCACUAACUAUUGGCAGAAACUGCACUU